GUCUUAUGUCGAUCUAUCACAGUGACAGUGACAGGAGGUUGGUGAUUAAUAUAAUAAAAUUAAAUAAUUAUUUUAUGAAUAAUAUAAAUAAUAAAUAUCAUUAAUAUCUUGUUAACAUUCUUCCUUGUCUGAAAUUACGGUCAUGAGCAGUCUCAAAGAAAACAUGGAAAAACUCAAACUGUAUCGAGAACAUAAUAUUCGUUAUAGUAGGGAAAUUACACAAGUCUGGAAUGAGACGAUUUCCUCAAAUAUUGACAAUUUGGGAAAAGAAAAACACAUCAUAUUAGAGCAAGUAUGUAUAGCAGCCAUUGACUGCUAUCAACUCAAGAUUGCAGAAAAGUGUAUCCAUGAAUUGUACAAAGAAUUUCCAAACAGUUCCAGAAUCAGAAUUCUAGAGUCUAUGUAUCAUGAGGCUGAUGAGAACUUCAACAGGGCCUUGCAGAUUUUGAAUGAUAUAGUGAAAAAAGAUAUUACUAAUAGUGCUGCCAGAAAAAGAAAAAUUGCAAUUUGCAAGGCACUUGGAAGGAAUACUGAGGCUAUCAAAGAAUUGGUAGAAUACCUGAAAAUAUUCAUGGCAGAUGUAGAAGCAUGGCAAGAACUCAGUGAACUCUAUAUUUCAGAACAUGAAUAUAGCAAAGCUGCAUUCUGUGUGGAAGAACUCAUACUGCACAAUCCACACAACCAUUUAUUGCAUCAAAGGUAUGCUGAUAUAAGGUACAGUCAGGGAGGAAUGGAAAACAUUGAAUUAGCAAGAACUUACUAUAAUCAGUCUUACAAACUCAACCCCAAGAAUAUAAGAGCAUUAUAUGGAAGUUAUUUGACAACUACAGCAUUGUUAAACAGUCAAAAAGUGUCAGGAAAGAAAAAAGAUGCAGCUGUCAAAGUUGUUGAUUGGUGUUUGAAGGAGAUAAAGAAGAGGUAUUCUGAAGUAAAAGUCUCAGAGAUUGAAGAAUCUCUGUCAGCACUAGAAAUUUAGGUAUCCAAAUUUAUAGAGAAACAAAAUGGUGUAGAUUAAUUUGCACUUCAUGCUUUAGAAAAUAUCGAAAUGUGUGAAUGUGGUGAUGUAGGUAAUUGUUGAAUGUACUGGUAUUGAACAAUAUAUUAC